CCGGUAAGUUGUUCACCCGCAGCCGUCACAAUUCCAUGCCUGAUUGGAUAGAUACUCGCCCAAAUUUCUGAACAGGCGAAAUAGCUCGGGCUCUCAGAAAGGGAUUCGUGAUCCUUACCAUCAGCCUCGUCGAUCCCAUUUGCCAGAGAUGGCGAACCCCAAUGCGAUGCGGCCAUCGAUAGGUCGCGCACUGCGACUCCAAGAGACCCGCCAAUGGCUCCUCGCGACGUCGACAACGGCAGCGCAGUCCCGAACCGCAGCGGCGUGCUUCUCGACCUCGGCCGCCCAAUCGGUGCGCAAGACCCGCGACAACAACCGCCUGCGAGGUGUCAGUACCAUGAAGAGAACUGGACCCCGUGAGCCGCUCUCCGUAUCAUGGGAGACUCUUCCCAAACCUGCGAACUACAAGCCCGAGGUUGCGGUUGACCCGAACCACGGGCUCUGGGGCUUCUUUUACGGCAAGAACAAGCUUAUGCAGACGCCCAAGGAGGACCAGUCCCACGGCCGCCCAUGGACGGUGGAAGAACUGCGAAAGAAGGAUUGGGAAGACCUUCACACGCUGUGGUAUGUCUGUCUGAAGGAGAGGAACCGCAUCUCGACGACGAAUCGCGAGCGGGAGAGACGCAGGCUUGGAUUCGGCGCCUACGAGGCCAACGAGAGGGACGAGACGGUUGUCACGACGAUGAAGGCCAUCAAGCACGUCCUGACCGAGCGCUUCUACGUUUGGGAAGAUGCGCGCAGGCUGGCGGAGGAGGACCCUGAGAUCGAUCUUUCCGGCGAGGGAGAGGCCUACAAGCCUCUGUCGGAGGACAUUCAGGAUCCGACGAGUAACAAAUAUCUGGCCGAUGGGGGUGAAGCCGCGGCGGUCGAUCUACCAGUCGCCGAGGCUCCGAGCGAGCCUGAGGCGGGGGAGGUUAAGCGGGCGCGAAGGAUGCCCGUCAAGUCCUCGCUGCCGAGACCGAGGUUUUGAGCAGCCAAGUAGCUGUAUUCUCCCCGUCCGGCAUGAGAGCAUACAAAGGGGGAGCCAUGUAUCAUUGUAUCCAGACAUGUAAAGACUCUUGUACGAUACGAAUUUUGUGUGCUAGGCGUAACAUCUGAAGCCGUCCAAAAAGGAAAAAGAAAACAAAUCAUUGAUUCCCCUACACGUCAUUGGCUGUAGAAAUGCAGCCUGCGAUUGAAGCACUACAAACUAC